GCUGUAUGGCUAUAUAUCGAAGUCCGAUAAUUCCAUAGAAGCUAGUUUUGUUUAAUGAUUACAAAUUCCAGUACACGAAAGAACAAAGGGUUUCUAUCAAGUUUGGAGCGCAAAUAGAUCCAGGAAAAAUAUGGGCAUCUUUGUAGGGUUCUGCAACCUUAACUCAACUGCUUAUCCUAAUAUGAAUGUUGCUGCGAAUUCUACAUUCCAGAAAAGCGGCGGGCAUAUGGACCUCUCUUUGAAGCUUAAACAGAAUCCUUUGACAGAAGACCACCCUGAUGCGGAUCACCACACUUUGAACUUUGACGUAUUGCUGUCGUAUAAAUCAUUCACGGACAACAAGCGAGUGUUCAAGGCCGUUUCGUCAUUGAGCAGGAAAUCGACCAGCCUUGCCUAAAGGGCGAGUUAGUGUACGAAGCUUUCAGGCAUGAUAUCAACGUUGUAGGGGUAGUGAACUAUGGCGGGAACAAACAAGUUUCGAUCACGGUCUUCUGGUCGCACCCACGGUCAGCUUUGGAGCAGAUCAAGACUCACGUUAACAUCACUAUACCGUCAUUUACACCUAUGAUAUUGAAGCUGAACAUCAACGAGAAACAGC